AUGAUCUUCGCCGCCCGUCAACUUCAGGAGAAGUGCCAGGAGAUGCGGACCCACCUGUACUCUACCUUCGUGGACCUGACGAAAGCCUUCGACACGGUGAAUCGUGAAGGACUGUGGAAGAUCAUGCAGAAAUUCGGCUGUACGGAACGAUUCAUUCAGAUGGGGCGUCAGCUGCACGACGGUAUGAUGGCGCGAGUCACGGACAACGGAGCUGUCUCAGAGGCAUUUUCUGUGACCAACGGAGUGAAGAAGGGAUGCGUGCUGGCGCCUACCCGCUUCAGUCUUAUGUUUUAUGCCCUGUUGAUGGGCACCUAUCGCGACGAAUGCCCCGGGAUCCGCAUCGCCACCGCACGGCCACCUUCCGAAUCAACGGCGGAUGUACUUCCAAUCUCGAGUAUCCACAACUGUAGUUCACGAACUUCUCUUCGCCGACGGCUGCUCCCUGAACACCACCUCGGAAGAGGAGAUGCAACGGAGCAUGGACCUGUUCUCCGCCGCCUGCGAGAACUUCGGACUGGUCAUCAACAUGCAGAAGACGUUGGUGAUGCAUCAACCACCACCCAACUCAGCCACACCCCCCAACGCGCCGCCGCCGCAAAUGCAGCGUGA